CAUCUUCCAGUAAUUCGCCAAAAUAACAAACACUAAAGGAAAGAGGAGAGGUACUCGGUAUAUGUUCUCUAGACCUUUUAGGAAACAUGGAGUCGUUCCUUUGGCCACAUACAUGGGAAUCUACAAGAAGGGUGAUAUUGUAGACAUCAAGGGAAUGGGCACUGUUCAAAAAGGAAUACCCCAUAAGUGUUACCACGGAAAAACCGAAAGAGUCUACAAUGUCACCCAGCAUGCCGUGGGCAUCAUUGUAAACAAGCAAGUUAAAGGCAAGUUUCUGGUCAAGCGGAUCAAUGUGCGGAUUGAGCACAUCAAGCACUCAAAGAGCAGAGACAGCUUCCUGAAGCAGGUGAAGGAGAACGAUCAGAAGAAAAAGGAAGCCAAAGAGAAGGGCACCUGGGUUCAGCUGAAGCGCCAGCCUGCACCACCCAGAGAAGCCCACUUUGUGAGGACUAACGGAAAGGAGCCUGAGCUGAUGGAGCCCAUUCCAUACGGAGCCAUGGCCUAAUAUACACAAAGGAAAUAAAAGACCCGGACUGCAAAGAAGGUGGAAGUAACUAGAGCCAUUCUUUGUUUUUUAGGCUUGUUUUAUUUUAAUGACUGAUCGAUGUGAGGCCACAGCCACGCCACUAUGUAUAGACACGAGGGAAACUUUAUUUCUUGGUCUCUUCCUCCUUGAAGAGUCUUGAUCUCGUCCUUCUUGGUCUGGUGACGCUCCUCCUGGUGCUUCCAAUGCUUCCUUGGUGGCAGACCCGUGUGCCUCAGCCUGGUCAGACAGUAGCUACUUGCGGGCUUUGUCUGCCUUCACUUUGUGAAUCUGCUCCAUGAGAAUCCACUUGUUUUUGAAUACAUUCCCUUUGACUUUCAGGUCCAGGCUGUGAUACAUAUGGCGGUCAAUCUUCUUAGAUUCCCGGUAUCUCCUGAGAAGCUGGUGCAGGAUCCUCAUCCUUCUCAUCCAGGUCACCUUCUUGGGCAUCCGAGCAUUGGCAGUGCCCUUCAUCUUUCCUAUGCCCAUAUGCCAUUCUUAUUAAGCAAAUUUUGUGGGUCUCUGGAAGACAAAUAUUGGAAUGUUCUGUCAUUUGUAUAAUUUGGAUUUCAUACACAUAGACAAAACUACAUAUGUGCACAAAACAUGAAAGCAGAAGGGACGUUGUCUUGGGGGAGACAAAGGGAACUAGUCAGAGAGAUGUGGGGUGAAAAUUUGAGGAUAGUGCAGUAGAGGGGGUGAUAUGCUCUAAAUACAUUAUAUACUUUCACAGUAGUGACCUCUUUAACCCAGCACCAUUAAAAAUUAAAUACUAUAGCAGAAAACUAGAAAGAAAAAGAAACAAAUAAAAGGGAAGGAAGGAAAGAAGAAAGAACAAAAAAGAAAGAAAAAACUAGAGGAAGGAAGAUGUUUUAGAUGUUCAAAAUAGUUUCUUGGAACAUGCCUAAUGACAUAAUUUUUCCUUGUAAAAGCGUGGUGUGCUAAAGCUAUAGAAGGAAAUCUUGCUGGUGUCGAACCAACAUUUCUUUUCUCCUUUAGCCGUGUUACAGUAUGCAGUUGUGGAUGAGUAAGGACUCUGUAAUAGCUGCUGUGAACACUAGCAGAAGGUAAAGAGAAAAGGACCCAGAAGUCUUCCCUAGGCAGAGGUUGCCGCCUGCUUGUUUUACAAUCUGAC